CCGCUUAUCGUUUAGCGCGCGUCAGUCGCACCACUGACACGGCACCGAGUCGUACAAUAUUAUAUACGUAUACACAUAACUACACUCAUUAUAUUUUCAACGAAACGUCCGCCAUGAAACGACAGCGGUCCGCUUCGCGUCAACCGCGUCGGUGUUGUCACCGGUGGACGGCCGUCGUAGCGGUCGUCGUCGUCGUCGUCGUCGUCUUUCUGGCGGCCACAGAUGGCGGCCACACCGGGGCUGCCGGACGCCGAGUGUACACCGCACCGCUGGACGACACGGGCCGGACGGCCGUCUACUGGACGGUGGACUACGGGUCGCGGUCGGUCAAGUUCGAAGUGCACUUCGCGGCCGGCGGCGGCCCGUUCGACUGGCUGGCGUUGGGCUUUUCGGGCCGCGGCAACCACUCGGGAGCUGACUUCUGCGUCAUGUGGGUCGACUGGAAAGGCGUCACAGCAAUGUUGGACACGUGGACAGACGAUGCUGGAAGAAUUUCUGUAGAUGAACGACAGGAUUGUGAAGAGUUCGAUGUUGCUCGAUUUCACGGAGGCGGGACUGCUUUGACAUUUACUCGAAAGUUUGAUACAUGUGAUGACGAUCGUGAUUAUUUAAUCCAGGAUGGCACUACUCACCUUGUAUGGAUGGUAGGCGGUGGUCCACUAUUUGCAGUAGAAGGGCUGUUGGUGUCACAAGCCAGAGCAAAGGGCAUGCAAAGAGUUCAGUUGCUAAAACCAGAAGCCCCGCAGGUCCGAUUGCCGGAUAAAGUGUCCAAAAUAGAUGUGUUAGCUUCCAAAGUAAAUGUCCCAGCAGUUGAGACGACAUAUUGGUGUCACGUGAUGAAGAUUCCUCUAGAUUUAUCGUUCAAACAUCAUAUUGUCAAGUUCGAGUCGGUCAUUGAAGAAAGUAGUCGAGGUGUAGUGCAUCACAUGGAAGUGUUCCAUUGCGAAUCAAGUGCUGGCAGUCGAAUACCACUGUACAGUGGUCCUUGUUUUUCAAAUAAAAGGCCGUACAAGACACAGGUGUGCAAAAAAGUGAUGGCCGCCUGGGCAAUGGGAGCUGCUCCUUUCGUGUACCCCGAGGAAGCCGGUUUACCCAUUGGAGGUCCCGAUUUCAAUAGCUACAUCAUGUUGGAGGUGCAUUACAACAAUCCCGGGUUAAGAAAAGGUAUGGUGGACAGUUCCGGUGUACGAUUGUACAUAACGCCGGAAGUGAGAAAAUACGACGCCGGAGUGAUCGAACUGGGCUUAGAGUACACAGACAAAAUGGCUAUACCACCGAAAUUGGAUGAUUUCACGUUGAGCGGCUAUUGUAUUGCUGAAUGCACCGCAGUGAGUAUCCCAUCGUCUGGGAUCGAGAUCUUUGGUUCACAAUUGCAUACUCACCUCACUGGCACUAUGAUCUACACGAAACACGUGCGGGACGGUCAGGAACUACCGGAACUCAACAGGGACAAUCACUACAGCACGCAUUUCCAGGAAAUUCGUCUACUUCAUAAACCAGUGCGAGUGCUCCCUGGAGAUGCAUUAAUAACUACGUGUCAUUACAACACUGAGGACAGACAAAAUAUUACACUCGGUGGAUUCAGCAUUACCGACGAAAUGUGCGUCAACUACGUGUAUUACUAUCCAAAGAUAGAGUUAGAAGUGUGCAAGAGUUCAAUAAGUGACCAGAAUCUCAAAAGCUAUUUCAAAUUUUUAAACGAGUGGGAGAGACAGCRGACGUCGCCAGAGCAGCCGGUGAGCGUCAACUACAACGGCGCCGAGUGGACGCCGAUGCGGAGUCGAGUGCUGCACCAGGUGUACGAACAGAGCACGCUGUCCAUGCAGUGCAACAGGAGCACAGGCGAAAGGUUUCCGGGCGACUGGGAGAACAGGCCGUCCACCAAAGUGUUGUACACGUUGCCGCCGCCGGCCAGGAGCUGCAGCGUGAGGACUGCGCCGUCCUCAUAAUAAAAUAUUGAUGUCUCGUAUCACAUUUUAAUAUUAUAACAAUUAUUACAUAUUAUAACUAUAUAAGUAUAGGUACUCGAAAAAAAACAACCCUCCCUGCAGGCAGCACACCCUCCUCGUCGACGGCUCUUGCACCACUUCAAACGAUUAGUGAGCAGCCCUUCCUGCAACGCGAUCCGUAUUUAAGUGGCUACGAACCGAAUAAUUUUUUUUACACUUCGUAAUGUUCAAUAGUCAGUAUGUAUCUACAUAAUAAUAUAGUAUAUAGGUACGUGAAAGAAACAUAAAAAGUAUUUCGUCGCUUCCGAUUGUAUAAUAAUUUAAAACACGCAUAGAUGCAUACUCGUAUUAUUUUCAUUAGAAAAUAAUAUUAUACUGAUAUAGACCUCAACAGACAGCGAAACGUUAGGUUUAUUUAUGAAAAUGAAUCGUAACAUAAAAAAUAAAAAACGAAGACUUAUAAUAACCUCACGAAAACAUUUUUCGUUUCGAAAUCCCGUAUACCUACCUAUCGUCAAUGAACAUAUUUAAUAACAAUUACACUAUCUCCAUCGUUAUCAUAAAUGUAUCACCUUGUAUGGUAUAGGUAUUAUAUAACUCCACACGUUUAUUGAAUUUAUCCUUAUUAUUAUAUUAUAUUACAAUUUAUAUCAUUAUAUUCUACAAUUUACUUGCUUUGCCUUAUAACGUAGACACCACUAAAAUAUUAUUUCAUUGCACAUUGAUAUAAGCGCUUUUCAUACUUCAUCGCCGUCCUUUUUGUGCUUGACAACGGAAUUCUCCGGAAUGGUGCGUUUUUUUUUAACUACUCCGACUUUGAGAGUUAUCGAUAUAGCUGUAUGCCAUAUAGGUAAUAAAAACGAUGUUGUCGAAUUUCGAUUGUGUUGCUAUGCAUUUAAAAACCGUAGUGUAGUGUUAAAUAUGUCUUAUAGACUAUAUAGGAUUUGGGUAAUAAGCCUUUGCUUCUCUAACUAGUUUUUAUGCGUUUUGCCCUUCGUAUUUAAUAAAAAAAAUAACAGUUGAAUGYAUUAUUUCAAGUAACUUAGUUAAACCCAAAGUUUCUGAUUACAAUAAUAAUUCAUAAUAUAAUACCUUUGCGUAUACAAAACGCAUAAAUAAACAAAUACGUGUUUAAUAAAAUAAAGUGUUAAUCAAUAUUCUAAUAUUAUAAGCAAUACAAUCGAGAGCAUAGCGAUUAGUGAAAUUCAGUUGCCAGCAGCCUGCCCGGUGAUUAACUUGUUCUGGUGCUGAGUAUUAUAAUAUAUCGAUACGUGACAAAAAUCAUUGUAUUACAAUUAAGUGUAUUGAAUGAAUAAUAGUCAAAUAUUUAUUUUGUUCGAUUUACCUAUAAAAUUUUUGUGAAAUGUCGAUAAAUAUUAAAUUA